CAUGUGACCGACUGCAGAGGCCGCGCCGCCUCCCCCGCCCGAGGUCUGCGCGCUUCGCCGCAGGGUGCAGAUCGGGGGCGCCCGCCUGGGUUUGGGGCGCAAGGGCAGAGGCGGAGCCAGGGCGGAGCCAGCGCGCCCCGUCCCCCCCUUUCCAAUCGAAAGCGAAACAGAGGGCUGGAAAGGAAGGGAGGGGCCUGCCUGGAUGCCCCGCCCCCUGCCCUGCGCGGCGGCUGCACCGACGGGCGCGCCCAGGUAGGGGGGCGCUGAGCGCGCAGUGCGGACCCUCGCGGGUACAUGAGCCGCCACCAUGUCUCAGGAAGGUGUGGAGCUGGAGAAGAGCGUCCGGCGCCUCCGGGAGAAGUUUCAUGGGAAGGUAUCCUCCAAGAAGGCGGGGACUCUGAUGAGGAAAUUUGGCAGCGACCAUACCGGAGUGGGGCGCUCCAUCGUGUACGGGGUAAAGCAGAAGGAUGGACAGGAACUGAGUAAUGACCUGGAUGCCCAGGACCCCCCAGAAGACAUGAAGCAGGACCGGGACAUCCAGGCGGUGGCGACCUCCCUCCUGCCACUAACAGAAGCCAACCUACGCAUGUUCCAACGUGCACAGGAAGACCUCAUCCCUGCUGUGGACCGGCAGUUCGCCUGCUCCUCCUGUGACCAUGUCUGGUGGCGCCGCGUGCCCCAGCGGAAGGAGGUGUCCAGAUGCAGGAAAUGCCGGAAGCGCUACGAGCCGGUACCCAGUGACAAGAUGUGGGGCGUGGCUGAGUUCCACUGCCCGAAAUGUCGGCACAACUUCCGGGGCUGGGCACAGAUGGGGUCCCGGUCCCCCUGCUACGGGUGCGGCUUCCCCGUGUAUCCGACACGGAUCCUCCCUCCGCGCUGGGACCGGGUCACGGAUCGCCGCAGCACCCACACCCACUCCUGCUCGGCUGAGGACUGCUACAAUCGGAGAGAGCCCCACGUGCCUGGGACGUCCUGCGCGCACCCCAAGAGCCGGAAGCAGAACCACCUGCCCAAAGUCCUGCACCCCAGCAACCUCCACAUCAGCAGUGGCUCCACUGUGGCCACCUGCCUGAGCCAGGGGGGCCUCCUGGAAGACCUGGACAACCUCAUUCUGGAGGACCUGAAGGAGGAGGAGGAAGAGGAGGAGGAGGGCGGGCACGGGGAGUGACCCCUGCCAGGUGCAGAUGCAAACCAGACACGGUGUGUGGAUAUUUUGUGUUGUUAUAAAAUAUGAGCUCAAA